UAUCUAGAGAGAGAGAGAGAGAUUCUUACAGAGCGCGACCUCGAAUCUGAAGCAUCAAUUUCUGGUAUAGAAAGAGAAAGAGAGAAUUUUGAGCUUUUUGGAGAGAGAGAGAGAGAGAGAGAGUAGUGAAGUUGAAGAAUGGAGAGUAGUAGUAGUAGUAGUAGUGGAAUUGGUAGUGGUAAUAGUGAUAUAAUUGUUGUGAGAAGAGAGAGAAUGAGAAUAGAGAAUCCAUUUACUUUGAAGGUAGGUCAAGUAUUUACAGGCUUUGGAAUCGGCUGUGGUCUUGGUAUCGGCGUUGGUCGCCCUUUAAAUUUAGGUGCAAUACCUGUAGUGAACCAAGUGAUGGGUGCAACCAGAGGAGCAACAGAUGCUUUUUCUGGUGUUGGCAGACAUGUUAACGACUCUUUGAGGAAGUUGGGAGCAAAGAACAUUGAAGCAGGCAUUGGAUGUGGAGUUGGUUUUGGACAUGGUUUCGGAGUCGGGCUUGCUGUGAAGCCUGGGGUGGUGAAUCAAAUUCAAUCUUCUCUUGUACAAGCAGUGACAAAGAUGAUGAUGAAGUUUGGAAUAGCUCCUAAUUUAUCCCUCGGUCGAGGCCUUAUUCCACCAUCUCUACAAAGUGGUAUGAUGCCCUCCAAUCAAAGUCCAAUUGGGAGUAUCAUGCAAUUGGCAACAAAAGUACCCGACCAGACACCUCAAAGCUUGCCUACAGAUGGAAACUUAAUUUCAGGUGCUUCUUAUGAAACUUUUGCAUCAAAACAGCCUUCACCAGAUACAUCAUAUGGCAGUCGGACAGAGAAGGUCAUCAGUGGUUUUCUGCAGAAUCCAAUUUUGAAAGAUGAGGACAGCGGACAAAAUAAUAUGGUAUCUCACAAAGCUGGGCAUCUGCGAUCAGAAAACAACAUUCUUCAGAUGGUGUUGAAACACCAGCAAGUGAUCGAGGAGCUUAUGAAGGAAAAUGAGAAGCUUCGCAAGAUAUUGGUGGAAGACCUGAAAAUUCCACCCAGCAAGCUCCAAGGCAGCUACUCAAGUAAUAGAUCAUCAUGUGCUGAUUGUUUGGAGUGCCGUAGAAAACAAAGAAAAAAAUAAAUCAAAACAAAUAUAGUACCUAAACACAUGCACGUUUUUAGUGCUCGACUACAAAAAUCUUACCUCAUGCUCCUUUUUUACUUGGGUUUGGACUUUUGUUCUGCAACCCAACUUUGAAGAAUCAUAAUUUGAGGCACCAUACUAGGAACAUAGAUUACUAUUAAUUCAAAUAAUUUGUUAAACAAAAGAAGUGUUUGUGCUAUAAUCAGUUGAGAGAUUACUAAAAUAGGUCCAUGAGAUAUAUACCUUUUAGUUUAGGGCUACUUUUCCUUUCUUUUCUUUCUCCCCCCGUCACCUUGCAUUUUGAGUUGUCUAUUACUCUUUUCUGUUGGAUUGAUUGUUUAAAUUCUGCCUUCUCAACCCUGAUUUGACUAAGAACCAAACCCAUUUAAGAUAGUUCUUCAUCUAAAUGGUUAGGCCUCCAUAAUCCAGGCCAUAAAUUUGUUGGACCUUCGGUGUAGUGUUCAUAAUCUCGACCUUCUUUAAAUUUUUAGCAUGUUCUCUUUUGGGAUUGGUUAGAAUUAUUUAUUUGUUUUGGUUUUUGAGGGGAUUGUAGAGAACUAUACAAGAAUUGAAGUAAUAAAUAUGUUGGGCAAUUUGUGA